AUGCAACUCCAAGGCGAGUUAAUGAAGAAAGGUCUACAACCACGGUUAUACAGAGGUCCAUUUCUCGGGAUCCACGCAAUUAUCAGGAAUGAAGGCGUCCGUGGCAUCUACCGAGGGCUUGGCGCCGCAUACAUAUAUCAAAUGAUUCUGAAUGGGUGCCGCCUUGGCUGUUAUGAACCUGUCCGGCAAACUCUUACCACGGCGAUAUGUACUGACUCGCAAACGCAAAAUAUGAGCAUUAACGUUAUAUCUGGUGCUUCCUCUGGAGUUAUGGGCGCCGCGGUUGGUAGUCCGUACUUUCUAAUCAAGACUAGACUUCAAAGUUUCUCCCAGUCAUCACCUGUAGGUACACAGCACAACUACAAAAGCACCUUAGAUGGGAUGAGGCAGAUUUAUAGUUUAGAGGGAGCUUAUGGACUGUGUAGAGGGAUAAACGCAGCCAUGAUACGAACAGGAUUUGGAAGCUCUGUUCAACUACCAACCUAUUUCGCGGUUAAAAGGAGACUUGUCAUUCAUCUAGGAAUGGUUGAUGGACCUGCAUUACACUUAUCAAGUAGCACUGCUAGUGGGUUCACCGUAUGCUGUGUCAUGCAUCCUACAGACACAAUUAUGUCCAGAAUGUAUAAUCAAAAUGGUGACCUUUACAAAGGAGUUAUUGACUGCUUUGCGAAAACAGUCAAAACUGAAGGUCUGUUGGCUAUCUACAAGGGUUUUCUGCCCCACUUGGCAAGAGUUUUACCUCAUACCAUCUUAACCCUUAGUUUGGCUGAGCAGACAAUAAAAUUAGUGCGCCGAAUAGAGUACCAAUUGAGAUUUACAACAAGCUGA